UCAAAUAUUCAUCAAUGAUAUCAACAACAUUGACAUUCUCAUCAUCAUCAACCAUUUUAUUAUUAUUAUUUGCUCUCAUUCCGUUGACAUCGACAUUGAUCCAAAUGCAACAUGUGUCACAGCCAUUAUCAACAAUACAACAACAAAAUGAUUCGAAUUUAAUUUCCUCAUCUUUAUUAACCUCAUCAUUAUCAUCAUUGAAUAUAUCAACGAUAUUAAAUAAUAAUAAUACUGAGAAUCAAUUACUCAAAACGAAUCGAUCAAUUGGUAUCGAUGAUAAUUCAAUGACAACGACAACAGUGAUUGUUGAUUACCACGAUUCGACUAUAUCGACACAAACAGCUGGAUUGAAUCAAUCAAAUAUCGAUUUAGAAACAAGUACUUUGUCAUUGGACAAGGAUGAUAUUCAUGAUCAUGAUGAUGAUGAUGAUGAGGAUGAUAAUAAUAAAGACGAGGAUAGUGGCAAAAAAUCUCACAUUAAUGGCGACAACAAUGAUGAUGAAGCCGAUAUUGAAACGACAACAAAAGCCGAAUCUAUUACGGUCGUUGAAAAAGAAUCAACAAUGAUCAAUGAAACGACAACUACAGAAUCAGUUCCGAUAUCGGUAUUACGUAAACGUAAACUUGAUGGCCAUAAUGAUGAAAAAAUUACUAACGAUCAAGAUACCGAUGAUGAUGAUGAUACAAUCGAUUUUAGUAAAAGAAUUAUGAGAAUUGAAAAACCAAAAUGGUUGAAAAAGAAUCCAAACAAUAAUGAUAAUGGAGGAAAAAAGAACAAAAAUGAUGAUGAUGAUUAUGAUGACGACGACGACGACGACGACGACGAUGAUGAUAAUGAUGAUGAUAAUAGUGAUGAAGAACCAUAUGAAUCUAAUCCAAAUAGCAUCUGUACGGCAAGCUAUUUUUUUGAUCGUAUCAUACCGGAUGAUUAUCCACAUGAAAUAAGUAAAGAUGUUAAACAUAUCAAUGAAACGAUUGAACGUUUGAAUAGAAUGUAUACAUUUACAAACAAAAUGUUGGAACGAUUGAAUCCAUUUCUACGUGAAAUGGUAUCACGUAUGACCGAUUAUCUUUAUGAAUCACAAUUAGAUUCUGAAUGUUUAGGUGCAUUAUUUCGUGUAUUUCGUGCAAUUAAUCAACGAGAAACAUGGGCAAUGAAUUUUUUGGAUGCAUCCGGUUCGGUAUUGGUCGGUGGCUUCCAACAAGGAAUGUUUGUUUCAUUGGGUGAAUUUGAUCAAUGUUUAGAAAUUGAAUCGGAUCCAACGGAAAAUCCUAAUAUCAUAUAUGGACAAUAUUGUCUACUUAAACCUGUUGUACCAUUACCGGAAAAUUUUAAUCAAGAUGAACCAAUCGCUGAAACACGUAUGCCACGUGUAAGAAAAUUUUUAAAUGAUGAAUAUAUCGAUACAUAUAUGGGUCUUUAUAAAUUUAUGCAACGUACAUUUUUACGUGUUGGACUUUGUUUACCACAUAAAUGUGAACGACAAAGUGUAGAAAAUGCAAUCAAUAGAAUUUUGGUACGAAAAACCGGCAUGAGCGUACAGGUUGGACCAGAAUGUGUAAAAGCAACGGAUGAUCCACAAUUUAACCUCUAUCAGAUCAUAUUUUUAUCAUUAUUUCUAUUAUUACUUAUAUUGGUCAUAUUGAGUACCGCUUAUGAGAUUAUAUAUCGACAUUUAUUUGAAAAUCGAAAUACAAUUCCACAUUCAGGAUCAGUUUUUGCUACCCAUCAUCAUCAUCAUCAUCAUCAUCAUCAUACAUAUGGUGGCCAUCAUCAUCAUCAUCAAACAACAUAUGAUCGUUCCGUAUCACAAGAAUCACGUAUAUCAAAAUUAUAUUUCGGUAAACCGGCAUUGGUACAGGUGUUGACAUCAUUUUCAAUCAUAAGAAAUACAAGACAUUUAUUCGAUAAUCCAGGACCUAAUCGUUAUCCACAAUUGGAUACAAUGCGUCUUUUAUUGAUCAUUUUCUUUUUCAUCACCAAUGUUUAUUAUUAUACAAUGUUAUUUGCACCGAUGAUCAUCAAACGUUUCUAUGUUCAAGGUCCAUUACAAUUUAUUUCGGAGAAAAAAUAUUUUUUCAUUCGUAUGUAUUAUCUUAUCGAUGUUUUCGUUGUUUUCAGUGGAAUUGCUUUGGCCGUUUCGUUUAAACCAAAAUCAUUCAUCUAUGUACAUUAUCUGAUAAGAAAUUAUAUUCGCUAUACAUUACCGAUAAUCGUAUCGAUAGGAUUGAUUUAUGUAGUACCAUUAUUCGGUUCAGGACCAUUAUGGCAUCUAUUUGAUCAGACAAUGACACAACCAUGUAAAGAUAAUAUUUGGUCAGCAUUAUUUUUCACCAAUAAUUUUCAGAAUAAUAUUGAAGAUAUGUGUAAUUUACCUACGGUAUUUGUUUCGAUGAUUUUUCAGCUAAAAUUAUUGGCACCAGUUAUUCUAUUGAUCAAUUCAUAUUUAAAUUCACGUAGUGGUAACAUUUUUCAUGGCUGUCUACUGAUAAUGGCUACGAUUGGAAAUCUUGUUUAUCGUUUUUAUUUUAAUUUUAAAGUACCAUAUGAACAUCGAAAAAUGAAAUCAUUUAUGGAAAUCAAACAAUCAGUAAUGUUUUAUCUGUUCAAUCCGUUUCCACAUUUACAGCCAUUGAUUAUUGGCCUAUGGGUUGGCCAUCUUAUCAUUACACGACCAUCGGUUUCGGCCAAAUUAACAGCAGGCAAUAAUCGAAAUGGAUCAAUGCGUAAUGCAAUAAUUGGAUGUUUAGCAUUAGCCGGAUUUUUUACCUGUUUUUUCUUCAUUGAAAACAUGAAUUUAUCGAAUCCGAAUCUUACUACAUUUAAAUUGACAAUGAUGUUAACAUUUGGUCGACCAAUGUUGGUUGGUCUUCAUGCAUGGAUCAUUUAUUCCUGUAUAAAAGGACAUAUCAGUAAGUGA